AUGGUUUAAUUUUACGAAAUUGCAAAUUUAAUGUAGAGUAAGAUAACAAUGAUUGCUAAUCGACUUGCUUUAGCUGGAUGUGGUAGCCGUGCUCUGUCAGCUAGAAAUGAAGGAAUCGCAGCUCCUGCUCUUAUUUUAAUACAAAAAAGAAAUGUUCAUGAAUCUUAUAUACCUUCUGGUUCCGGUGGAAGAUCAUCAUUCAGUGGUAUUGUCGCGACUGUGUUCGGAGGAAGCGGAUUUAUUGGACGAAUUUGCCUCAACAGAUUGGCAAAACAUGGAGCGAGUGUGGUAGUAGCACAUCGAUCCCCAUAUCAAUAUGUGAGACAUUUGAGGCCGAUGUUUGAUUUAGGACAACUGUUAAUGAGGGAUUUUUGCAUGGAAGAUAGUGAUGACAGAAUUCGUGAAUUGGUUCAACAUUCAAAUUGUGUCGUAAAUCUUAUUGGAAGUAACAAGCCUUAUCAAAAUUGUACAUUGGAGAAAGCAAAUCUUGAAUGGCCGUUACGAUUGGCGAAGAUUGUUGCAGAAAAAAAUGAUGGCACUCGUCUGUUGCAUAUCACCAAACUUAAUUGUAAUCACGAGUUUGGUAGAAAAACCUCCAAACUUCUGCAACUCGACUACGCAGCCGAAGUGGGAAUUAGGGAGAUUUACCCCGAAGCAAUAAUUGCAAGGUCUUCCAAUGUUUUUGGAUAUAAUUCUACAUACACCAAUUUUUUUGUUCAUGAAAGACAAGAAGAUUUGGGUAAGUUUGGUGGGAUGCCCUUGCUUUAUGAUGGCGGAAAAUCAACAAUUAUUCAACCAAUCUAUAGCGGAGACUUGGGAGAAGGAUUGGCCAGGAUUCUAAAGCAUUUAGAUUCACCUGGGAAAACCUUUGAGCUUUAUGGUCCACGUCGAUAUGUACUUAAAGAUUAUGUUGAAUACAUUUACAAGAUCAUGGAUAAACCCUGCUAUUUAUAUGAUACCUUGGGACCUAUGGAUAGCAGCAAGGCGAACUUCGUCCAAAAAAAAUUGCAGAAAUUGGUGACACGAUAUUUUGAAAAACAAGAAGAACCACGUUUUCUUUUUCCAAGAGCUGUUGACGUAAUAUCAAGAUUAGGAACACCAUUGGAAAGUUGGGCAACAAAAGAUUAUUUUGACAUGAUUCACGUCACAGAUAAUCGCACAGGGCUUCCAGGAUUAGAGCAGCUUGGAAUUGAACCCACGCCAUUUGAAGAUAAAUCUAUGCUCCUACAUGGUUAUUUACAUCUUUGGGACUCUUUCACUAUUCAGUCAAAGCACACUUUACCAAAUAUCAAACAACAGUCGACCUAUUUGCCAAGAGUAAAAUGAACAGCUAUAAAAUUGUUUUUCGUGACUGGGGUUUCUAUUACUGUUAUCUUUUAUUAUAGAAUAUAAUUAUUUCCAAUUAUCAGAAAAUGUUUGGAAAUUAUUGAGGCACACUGCUGUGUAUAGUGUACCAAUUUACACUCAUCCAGGAAUAUUUUGUCAAGUUCAAGUUUUUCACUAAAUUUGUUUAUUUAUUUACUAUCUAUCUCUAAUGCUUUCAGUGUGUAUUCUAACCAGAACAAUAAUGCUGUAUAGCGUUGUCAAUUGCUCUGAAGUUAUCAAUUUUUGGUGCGUUCAUCAAUUAUCAACUACUCCGAAAUAAACAUAUUUUUUAACUUUUGAAUUUUGGCAACACUAAAUAAAAUUAUUACUUCAUGAGUUGACUAUAUGUUUCAUUUGUGUGUCAUUAU